AUGGAGGAGGUUGCAGACGAUGAGACGCAGCCUGAUCCGUUCUCCAGCUCAAGCUUGGCCAAGACCGAAGUAGAAGGGAACGAAGCAGAGCCUCAGGAUGGCGAGCCCGAACAGCUUGCGAGUGAAGCAACUGCGGUGCAGACUUGGAAGCUUGAGGCUGCAGGCCCGGGCUAUGGUGUGGAUAG